AUGGAUCAAUUCGACGUCGCGAUCGUUGGCCUCGGAGUCCUUGGAAGUGGCGCGGCAUACUACGCCGCUAAAAAGGGAGCCAAGGUGAUUGCUUUCGAGCAGUUUGAGCUAGGCCAUGUUCACGGUGCUUCCCAUGAUACCUCGCGCAUCGUCCGAACCUCGAAUUUCACCUCGGAAUACGUUGCACUGGCCAAGUCAGCUUACAAGGAUUGGGCUGAGCUUGAAAAAACCACGGGUCAAAAGUUAUUGACUAUCACGGGCGGCGUGGUUUUUUUCCCCGAGGAUCCGAACGCGCCCUCUCUCGCGAGCGACUUCACCAAGAGUCUUGACACAAAUGACGUUCCCUAUGAGCUUCUAGAUUCCCAAGAAGUGAAAAAACGAUGGCCCCAGUUUCAGAUUCCUGAAAAUGUCUCUACGGUCUACACAGCCGACACUGGCAUCGCCCACGCUUCUCGAACUGUGAGCACCUUCCAGGCACUAGCGCGUGCCCACGGAGCCAUUCUCAAGGAUCAAACCCGUGUGGACCGUGUGGUACCAAAGACUUCGGGAACUGGUGGGGUUGUGAUUAAGACAUCAAAAGGACAAUUUCAAGCCGCAAAAGUCAUCCUUGCGACUGAUGCGUGGAUCAACAAGCUACUGGGCCCCUUGGGCACACAUAUCCCAGUGUCCGUGAUGCAAGAGCAGGUGACAUACUUCAAGCCCACCGAAGCAGCAAAUUUCGAGUCUGACCGGUUCCCCGUUUGGAUCUGGAAUGGCUCGACAUGCUACUACGGGUUUCCCUGUUAUGGAGAGCCAACUAUCAAGGCUGCCCGAGAUACUUCCAACAAUUUUAUGACACCAGAACAGCGCACAUAUGUUCACUCGCCGUAUCUGCUCAAUCAGCUUUCGAACUUCUUAGGGGACUUCAUCCCGGACAAAGCACGCCAACCGCUUCGCACCGUGACCUGCCAAUAUUCGAUCACACCAGACCGGCAGUUUGUCAUAAGUCCUCUGGAAAACCACCCCGACAUCAUUGUGGGUCUUGGUGCAGCUCAUGCCUUUAAGUUUGCCCCUGCAUUUGGUCGUGUACUAGCCGAACUUGCAGUGGAUGGUACCACAAAAGAAGAUAUCUCGAAGUUUGGCAUCCCGACGGCUGCCACAUACAGCAGUAAGCUUUAG